CGUAUUACAUGUAUUUAAUUGUACGAAUUAUCAUGUCUUCUUUAGUAAUGUGAUAAAUAUUUUGACGUGAUAGUGCAGUUUUGGAGGUAAAAUGCCCGCUUCAAUUUGUGACCCAGUAUCAAGCGCAUUGCGUUUAUCACUUACUGCCGAGGAUUCACAAAGCUCAUCAUUGUUAGAUAGUAGACUUUACUCUUCAGCAAAGAAUGUUUUACUAUCUAAGAUUGAUUUUGAAGAAUCAGGUGAUUAUCAGAGCAAUGUUCUUGACGGCUUAAAAUCUAAGUACGUGGUCAUUAGACCCAAGAAACCAGUAAUUGACACCAAAUUACUUAAAAAAGAAGUAAAUUCAGGCAAUCAGAGUACAGAGGGAAAACAAAGUGCUGAUGAAGGCUUACCUAAACCUAAAAGGGUAUUGUUUCCUGUUGAGAAAGUCCAAUUAGGAUGGCAGAGUUCAUGGUCUGUAGGAGCUGGAAUACAAAAUGUGGGCAAUACAUGCUAUCUCAACUCUACAUUACAGGCUCUUUUUCAUGCUCCUGCUUUUGCCAAUUGGCUUGUGUCUGAAUCUAUUCAUGCUGAAAAAUGUAAUCAACAAGAAGCGUGUGUGAUAUGUGGAAUGCGUGCCACAUUAAUGGCUACCCAGAAGAGUGGAGGUGUGCCUAUUAAACCAUGGCAGGUGUACUCUAAAUUGCGUCUCAUAUGCAGACAUUUAACUCUAGGACGACAAGAAGAUGCUCACGAGUUUUUAAGGUACCUUGUAGAGGCGAUGGAAAAAAGUUACCUUUCUCGUUUUAUGAAUUCAGAUAAACUAGAUCAGUAUAGUAAAGAAACUACACCUUUGAAUCAGAUUCUUGGGGGUUAUUUAAGGUCUACAGUCCGAUGCCUUACUUGUCAUCAUUUGUCUACCACAUACCAACAUUUCCAGGAUCUGUUGUUGGACAUUAGAAAACACUCUACCUUAGAUGAAGCCUUAGAUUCUUUUUUUUCUAGAGAAAGACUAGAAGAUUUGGGAUACAAAUGUGAAGCGUGUAAUAAAAAGGUAUCAGCAACUAAACAGUUCUUCAUAGAGCGAGCACCAAUGGUACUGUGUAUUGCAUUUAAAAGGUUUUCUCUUGCCGGUGGAAAGCUUUCAAAACAUGUCCAAUUUAGAAAAAAAAUUAAUAUGAACAAAUAUAUGUACAAUAAGAAUAAUCCUCAACAAUUGUCCUAUAAAUUAGUAAGUUUGGUGACACAUUUGGGCCCAUCACAAAAUUGUGGGCACUAUACUGCAAUAGGUCAAGCUCCAAAUAGUAAUUACUAUCAGUUUGAUGACAGCUGUGUGCGUCCUCUACCUUUGUCAGCUGUUCUUGGCACAAAUGCUUAUAUAAUGUUCUUUGAAAAAGAUAAUACUAUAGAAGAUUCAAUGGCUCCCAGUGCAUCUACCUCAAAUGUUGUGUAUGGACCGCAUCUCUCAGACAAUAUUCUUAAUAGUGAAAAAAGUCCUCUUAAAUUAACUUUCUAUAGAAGUGAUGACAAAAAAUCUAUUGCUCUCAACAGUAUUACUAGUACUGAAGGACCUAAACCAGAUACUAAGCCUAUUAUAUUAAAUUCAACAUUAAGCAAGUCAUUAGAAUCAAAUAAUUCUAUUAGUGAACCAUGGGUGGUCAAACAAAACGGUGAAGUUGAAAAGGUUAUGACAGGUCCUAAAAUACAAAGUGGCGGGGAAAAUUCUUCUCAUAAAACAGAUGAGGACAAAAAGAUUAGUUUUGUUAUAAAGAAACAAGGAGAUGAGUGUUGCAACAACAAACCCAAAAUAUCAAAAAGUGAUUCUGAUAUUAGAUCUGCUGUCAACAUAGCAACUAAGCCUCUUGAGAAGUCAGCUUCAAUGAGUAAAUUAGUAAAACCAUUAAAAUCACCUUUAGAGAAAUUAGAAGAACAAAUGAAUAAAAGCAACUCAAGUCCCGUUCACAGGAACGGAGACUCUACAUCUAGAUUAGUGCCAUACGAUUCAGAGUCCAGCAGUGACGAACGUUGCGACGAUAGAGUUAGGAAGGAAGAACCUAAGGAACAGAGCCGUAAACCGAAGCCUAGUAGGUGCGACUCGCCACAGAGUCUCAUUGUUACGACAAAAGCUAUGCAUCACGCCUGGACAGUUUCUAAAGAGAAGAAUGCUCCACUUCUGAGUCCCAGUCUCAAUGGUGACACUAACAAAAAAGCUCGUGUAUGCAGAUGUAAGGAGAAGGAGGAGAGCCCGCACACGAGCGUGAGCAGCAUGUCGCCGCUGAGCGACCGCAGCUCGCCCGCCGCGCCCGCGCCCGCGGCGCGCGCGCUGCAGGGCGCGGCGCUGCGCGGCUACGGCGCGCCCGUCGCUUCCUGGGCCGGCUCGCACAGCGCCAUGUCGCGACAGGUUUUUGAAGAACGACGAGAGGAACGUAAACGUAUUCACGAGGCGACUGAUGAGAUGGAUCGUGGUCGAACCAAGAAAGUUAAGAAGUUUCAUCAUUACAAUCGUUUUAAUAACAAUAGGAAUGGAUAUAACCCUUUUCAGGAAAAACAAAAUAAGCUGCAUUGGGGCAAUAACUUUAAAUAUCGCAGCGACCGGCGUCCAGGGCAUCAUUUCAAUAAGCACCACAGCAACAAAUAUAAGCGAUUCAAUAGGUACAGUAAUGGACAUCACUACCCGAGGCAUCAUUGACCCUGGCAGCUCAGUGCCAGCUUCUUCGUGUGCAUAGAUGAAUGGACUUAAUUAUUAGUUAAAUAAAAUUAUUUUAUAAGUGAAUUAUAUAUAAGCUACAUAUAAUAGUGGCAUGUUUAUAAGCUAUCGCCAUAAACUCCGUAUUAUAUUAUAGCGAAUUGCAAAAAAUAUUUUGGUUGUAUUUACUGUAACAUAGACAGGCUGUAUAUGUCCGUCAGCUAACUUAUCUCUGUAAAAAGUAUGAUAUUCUACCCUAAUUUGCCAGGAUUUUCCAUUACGGGUUGGUGGGAAAUGAUUAUAUGUAUCGACAAUAUAUUGUUUUUAGACUAGACUUUCAAAUUGCGAUGUAGGUUAUUACAAAAUGACGUAUUGUUUCUACAAGACUGCAGAUACGAAUGUUUUGACUAUUUGAUGUACUUUACAAGGAGUUUACAUGAGUCUAUUGAUUGCUGACUGCAACUUGACAUAAAGUUAAUAUUUUUUUUUUGAAAAACUAAAAUAAUUUUUAGAACUAUAAAUAAUUCAGCUUUUUUAUUCAUUAUUAUAUAAAAUUUUAAAAAGACAAUCUAAAAACUGAUAAUUGAUAGAGUUUAACACAAAAAUAAAUGUUGUGGACAUCCUCAGUCCAUAAUUGUGCAUUACUAAUUUUUACAAUAGAAAAUUACUGUCAUGUACAAACAAACCAACGAACUAUUUACAUAAAAUAUAAGCAACAAAUUGUA